GAACCCCAGACCCACUGGAGAGCAGGACUGUGGUCCAACCCACUGCACCACCGCACCCCUAUUGGUCACCAAUAACAUCAGCUUCAAUUUUUUAUUUGUCCAGUUUUUGAUAUACUGUACCUGCUUAAGACUAUGUACCAAACAAAUGGGGUAGGAGAUGGCUAUUUCCUCCAUAUGCAAAAUGAAUGUCGUUUCACCUCCGGGGACCUGAAAGACGCUGAGAUUAUCAGCAGGUACAUAUUUAACAAAGUGGAGUAUUUGAGAUACAACAGCACUGCGAACAAGUUUAUUGGCUACACGGAACACGGAGUGAAAAACGCAGAGAGAGCCAACAAAGAGGGAGAGAACGACCGACAGCACACCAACCUGGGCACGUGCAAGCUCAAUGCUGAGAAUGAGUUACAGCACAUACUUGUGCAUUCAGUUCAACCUUCAGUAAAGGUUUUAUCUGUGAAAUCUGGCAGUCAGAGACACUCCACCAUGUUGGUGUGCAGUGCAUAUAAGUUCUAUCCAGAGGGACUCAAACUGUCUUGGCUGAGAGAUGGGAAGGAGGUGAAAACUGAUGUGACUUCCACUGAAGAGCUCUAUAAUGGAAACUGGUACCAUCAGAUACACUCUUACCUGGAGCUCACACCCAAAUCUGGAGAGACUAUCGCCUGCAAGGUGGAGCACAGCAGCUUCUCUGAGCCCAAGAUCUUCAAAUGGGAUCCCUCAAUAUCUGAUGGGGAUAGAAACAAAGUGAUCAUUGGGACUUCUGGACUGGUUUUGGGCCUGAUGCUCUCACUUGCUGGAGUGAUUUACUAUAAGAAGAAAUCAACAGGGAGAAUCCUGGUACCAACAAGUUAAUUUAGUUAACUCUCAACUGUCAUAUGGAGAGCAACUCAGUGCAACUCAAUUCGGGGAAAAAACUUGUCUUUCCUUAUAAUUAUUGUUUCUUAAUGGAAUUUUUAAAACUUUAAGCAUGUAUGGACAUAAACUUUAUAAUGUGUAAAAAUUGCUCCAAAGCAAUGUUCUUAUAUUUUCAUGUGAUUUAAAUUGUAACUCAAGAGGGAUUGUUUUGGUCAGUGUAUAGGAUUACUCUGCUUUAAUCAUGUUCCUCUUUUUUAAGAGAAACAUUAAGCAACAUUACUUUUAAUACUGACAA